GCGACGCGAUGGAAUCAAGUUUCUCGGCUCCGAGUAACGAGGAAUGAGCACGAUUUCGUGAUUAGGAUGUCGAGGGGAGGUUUAUUUAAAGGCGCCGGCCCUCUGCGGGUUGAGUCUGAGGAGUUGUCUUUGAUCAAACGAAACUCAGAACACAACAACAACUUACAAGUACAAUCUUUGAUCAAACAACUUAACUCAAACAUUUUUCACUGUCAACCAAACAGCCAUGUCGGUCAUUCCAUUCAUCCUUGCUGGCCAGUUCGAAGAGGUCGGCAAGGCCUUCAGCGAGGCCGUCAAGCCUGACUUUGAAGUGGUUUACUUUGCCACCUCUCCCCAGUCUGCCGUCACCGACAUUCCCCUUGUACUCAAGGGUGAGAUCCCCACGCCUUCUUCGAAGGUUGGGUCAGGCAACCUCGUCCAUGGAACCCCAAAGGCCGUCGUCAUCGGGGCCCAAGUCUAUGACGACACUUGGAUCGAGGCGGUCCGCCAGGAGCUACAUGCUGCUGGGAAGCAGGUCCCGUUCUUAAAGCCCGAUGUUACGGGUGCUCAGGGCGGCGGUGUAGGCGCCGGUAGCCAGGGCGAUAGAGCUAAGGCUACAGCAGAGAGAGUCACGACGGCGUUGAAGAAGUUAGAGGGAGAGGGGAAAUUGGACGGCAAUGACGAUGGGGUUUACGUAUAUUAGAGAAACCCGAUGAAUACUUGGGAUAUCCUGUGGAGAGGGUGGGUGAGGUUGGGAGCAAAGUGUAGUAAAACGACAGGAUAGGGGGCGAUAUAUUAUAGUCUGGUACUGGUCUAGGGCUUUAGGUUACGAAGGAUAUCGCUUACUCCUGCCGACUA